UUCUAAUUUUGAACAAAAAAAACAAUAACUAAACUUUAAAUAGAAUAGCGUUCGCACUUCUAAAUUACAAAACAAGUGCACACCGAUUAUAAUUAAUGUAAAAAUUAAUCGUAAACCUUUAGGUAAUCAAAUCAGUUGAAAGAAAGUCAAUAAUUAUUGUUUUAUUUUCUAAAGUUGCUAUUGUUAUCACACGCCGAUUACGUAGGAGUAUGAUGUACAUAUUUAGACACAAGUCGUCACACGUUGAAGCAGAAAACUAAACUCGUACCAUUCUUCGAUUCAACUUGAUGUAAAUAUUAUUUACAAGAUAGAUGUGAGACGAACAGUUUUAACAUGCGUAUUCUAUCUGUCAAGUACAAUAACACUUGCGAGCCACACACUUGCGCAAAAAAAAAACCGUUCAUUAUAAAUGUUGUUAACUUAUCGUAAAACUUGAGGGCGCGUAACACAUGAACAACUUACAAACACAAUCGAUGACACGAGAUGGUUAUUUACAUGUACAUGAUGUAUGUAUAAACUAAUCGGUUAAGCGAGUGGGAGCGGCGCAGGAUGUUCAGUCAGUAAUUUAAAGAAAAUCUUAGAUGAAAAAAAAACAUAAUAACAAAGGAGUAGAUGAAGUUUAAAGUAAAGUAAUCUAGCUAGAUAUUGGCGCAGAGCAUAAAACACAACCAGACACUUAAACAAACAGAAAAUAACGUGAAAUAUGAGAAAAUAUAAUGUUGCGAAUUUAGAUUUGUGUUGCAACAUAUUCAAAUAGCGUCCUGUGAAUACAUCCCCUCCGUUUUUUAGUUUGUUUUCGUUUGUUAGGUUAUGUUGAUGCAAACAUUGCAAGAGUGUGGUACAUUUUCGGUUUAUUUUCGUGAUUAUUUCGUUUGAAAACCAUGCAAAGUUGUUGAUUUUUACCACAAAUCAAGCGAAAAAUGGAUCCGAAUAUACCGGCGCCGAAUUUCGGCGCUCCGCCGAUGGGUACACCUCCAAUGAUGGGUUUCCCGCCGAUGAUGCCUCAGUUUAGUGUCCCGCCGCCGGGUUUCGGCGGUUUUGCAGCCGCACCACCCGCGAAUCCUUCGGAACAAUGGACUGAACACAAAGCACCUGAUGGUCGUACUUAUUAUUACAAUUCUGUGACUAAACAGAGUUCUUGGCAGAAACCAGACCCGCUUAAAUCUGCAUCUGAAUUAUUGUUGUCACAAUGUCCAUGGAAAGAGUACACAGCUGACAAUGGAAAGAUUUAUUAUCAUAAUAUUAAUACAGCAGAGUCCAGAUGGGUUAUUCCUCCGGAAUUGGAGGAAAUCAAGGCUAAGAUUGCUACUGAAGAGGCUAAAACCAAGGAUAAUGUGGAUUCACCCAGUCCUGCUGUUACAAAUACUUCGGAAGUGAAUUCACCAAGUUUAGCAUCUCCCGGGGGUAAAUCUGCUUUGGAGGCAGCAAUGGCCGCCACACUCGCCGCAAUCUCCAUCCCAACUCCCCCGCCGAAGAUAGAUGAAGAUUCCAACAUGUCUUCACACAGCCAGAACGACUCGAAUAACACACGUAAUAACACCCCGGAGCCGAAGAUCUUCAAAGAAAAAGAGGCGAUGGAGGCCUUCAAAGAGAUGCUCAAGGAAAACAACGUGCCAUCGAACGCCACGUGGGAUCAAUGCGUGAAGAUCAUCAGUAAUGAUGCACGAUAUGAAUCCUUCAAGCGUCUUAACGAACGCAAGCAGGUUUUCAACGCUUAUAAAACACAAAAACAAAAAGAUGAAAAAGAAGAAAGUCGGUUGAAGAGUAAAAAGGCGAAGGAGACACUUGAGGAGUUUCUCAUGCAUAGCGAUCGCAUUAAUUCAUCGACGAAAUAUUACAAAUGCGAUGAGAUCUUUGCUGGGUUAGAGGUGUGGGACAGUGUAAACGACGCAGACAGGCGGGAUAUUUAUGAGGAUGUUGUGUUUGCGCUGGCGAAGCGCGAGAAGGAAGAGGCGAAGGUUUUAAAGAAGAGGAAUAUGAAGAAGUUGUCGGAGGUGUUGAAUAAUAUGGCGGAUAUUCAUUAUGAUACGACGUGGAGCGAGGCGCAGGCGAUGCUGUUGGGGAACAGCACGUUUAAGAAUGAUGUUAAUUUACUAGCAAUGGAUAAAGAAGAUGCAUUGAUAGUAUUCGAAGAUCACAUCCGCCUGCUGGAGAAAGACGACGUCGAAGAAAAAGAGCAAGAAAAAAAGCGUCUCAAGCGACAGGCACGUAAAAAUCGCGAUCAGUUCCUCGUCCUCCUCGAUUCCCUCCACGAAGAAGGCAAAUUAACCUCGAUGUCGCUCUGGAUAGAAUUAUAUCCAAUUAUUUCCGCAGACAUUCGUUUCUCUGCCAUGUUAGGACAAACCGGAUCAACGCCUUUGGAUUUAUUCAAGUUCUACGUGGAGGAUCUCAAGGCACGCUUCCAUGACGAGAAGAAAAUCAUCAAAGAAAUCCUCAAGGAUAAAGAAUUCGACGUGAAAGUCGACACGACGUUCGAGCAAUUCGCCACGGUUGUCUGCGAGGAUAAAAAAUCAGCCACAUUGGAUGCGGGUAAUGUAAAACUCACGUAUAAUUCUCUUCUGGAGAAGGCCGAGGUGAAGGAAAAGGAGCGUUUGAAGGAGGAGAAUAAACGCUUUAAAAAGUUAGAGGCUGGGUUGAAGAAUCGACUCAGAGAGUUGAAUUUUAACUAUGAGAUGUCAUGGGAAGAGGCAAGGGAGAAACUGGCGGAUGAAGAGGAGUUUCAGGCGUUUGCGUCGGAUUCGGAGCGGUGUAAGGUGUAUAAAAGCUUCCAGCAUGAGAUGGAGGAGUCGUGCAGUCAUCAUCACUCGCGAUCGAAGAAAAGCAAGAAGAGUAAGAAGAGCAAGAAGUACAAGUCGAGCAGUAAUAGCGAUAGUGAGACUGAAGGUGGAUGUGGCGGUGGUGGUGGUGGGAAGAAGGAGAAGAAGAAACAUCGGAGUGUUUCGCCACCGGUGCCGAUGAGUGAUGACAGCGCCAAUGAAGAAGUGAAGAAGAAGAAGAGUAAGAAGAAGCAUAAGAAAAAGGAUAAUUCGAUGAGUCCAGAGGAAGGAAAGAAAAAAUCAAGUCGAAGGAUAUCCGAGGAUGCUUUGGCUAAGAGUAGUGAGCUUUCUGAAUCGGAGUUGGAGAAGCAAAGGGCGCUUUUACUUGAACAGCUCAAGACUGAAAGUGACUAAAGUGGUUUUCUUAACUUGUUUUUGUAUUAAUUUAAAUCUUGGACUUUUACUUCACUUUAAGUUGAUUUUUUGAAGGAAAUAUGUGAUUAUAUGAUGAAUACAUACUUAAUUAUAUAAUUUACGCAUUAGAUUAUGUUUAUUUACGAAGAAUUAAUGCAUAAUUGUAUAAAUAAAAAGUAAACUUGUAGAAUCUUA